AUGUGUAAUUGGCUGAGAAAUGCACCUAGUGUCUUAAAUACUCUUGUCCUCUUCCUCUCUCUCCCAGUGGUUUUGAUCGGAGAAUCUGGCGUAGGGAAGACCAAUCUGCUCUCGCGCUUCACCCGUAAUGAGUUCAACCACGACAGCCGUACCACGAUCGGGGUGGAGUUCUCCACGCGCACCAUUCUGGUGGGAGAUGCCCUGGUGAAAGCCCAGAUCUGGGACACGGCUGGGCUGGAGCGCUACCGGGCCAUCACUUCAGCAUACUAUCGCGGAGCCGUGGGCGCCCUCUUGGUCUUCGACAUCACCAAGCACCAAACGUACAAUGUGGUGGAGCGCUGGCUGAAGGAGCUGUAUGAUCACGCAGAGGCCACCAUUGUUGUGAUGCUGGUGGGCAACAAGACGGAUCUGGCCCAAGCCCGAGAGGUGCCCACAGAAGAGGCCAAGAUGUAUGCUGAAAACAACGGGCUGCUCUUUGCGGAGACGUCUGCGCUGGACUCCACCAACGUGGAACUGGCAUUCGAGACUGUUUUGAGAGACAUUUUCAACAAAGUGCAGAAACAGAAGCAGAAAAGCCCUCUAGACAACAAAAUCCUGCUGUCUACCGAAAAUCCCAGCGCGGCAUCAAUUUCUCCAGCUGUUGAAGAGAGGCGAGCCUGUUGCUUGAACCUCUGAGGGGGGCUGGCAGGGUGGGAGUCAUCGGCAGGGCUCAUGUCCUGCAUUAAGCCAAGAGUACAUUUUAAUCCUGGUUUGCUGAACAAGCCAGGUCUGGGUUUGCAUUAAGCCAAAAUUAAGCAAUGAUAGGCUAAAAACCUAUCAGCCUGUAGCUUAGCCGUAGACAGACUUUGGAACUUCUUGAUCUGGUUUGCCUACCUCAACCUGGGAAUUUGGCCUUGUGUUGGAGCAAUGCUGGGAUUCAUUCCAAAGCUCCUUCUAGGCUGGAUCCAGAUUCACUCAUGGUCAGAAUAGACUCAUUGAAACCAACAGGCCAAUUCCAAGUACAGAUGUCUAGCUAUACAUGUGAAACGAAUACUUUUGUUUCUCCCUCCCA